CACAGAGUAAACAAUGACGACACAGCUCUGUUGGAACAUACAAGAUCCACGGACGUGAGAUCAUUAACACCGUAACAAAGACAGCACUCCAGGCAGGCUACAGAUCAUUUGACACAGCAGCUGUGUACAGGAAUGAACACGACCUGGGCGAAGCUCUGCAGAAAUUUAUGCCAGAGUUUGGUCUUGCCAGGGAAGAUAUAUUUGUGACAUCUAAAUUAAAUCAGUUCACUGUGAAAGAAGUUCAGGACUUAUCAUUUGUAAUAUAAUUAAUAUAUUAUCAUCAUAUAACACCAGUUGUUGAAACGUGGUGGUUAGGGAUCCACCUUAAGUGUGGUAGCUAGUGUGAAUAUUCAUAAAUAAUGAGUGUCUCCACAGAGACAGUUUUGGAAAAGAUACCCGAGCUUGAUACUAUGAAUGAGGAGCCGGGUACGAAAAUUAUCACUCAGAAAGAGGUGAGAGACAUAAAAGAUAGAUUAACUUCAGUUAUUGACUCGUGUGGGUUUGAGUGCCAUCCUUUCAAAAUUGGGUGGUACAAUGAGCAGGUUGCAAGAUGUUUUCAUCUACCGUACCACAACGAUACCUUGGCCUUUGUUGCGAUCAGUACUCCAGGUAUGUUUGAGAAGGCAUUCAUUCCAUUCUUAGCGAAGGUGGACUGCUUAAAGAUCAACCAGGACCCUAUAGAUCAGUGCAUGAUACAACACCUUUCUGCUAUAAAAAGGGAAUUCUCUAGCACAAGCAUUGAAAUAAUACAUGAUUUUGAAUUGACUCCAAACAAGCGACCCAAAAUCUUAGUCCAGACAGCUGGACACAUUGCUGGUGCUGUACGGUUUUAUCAGCGUAAGGAUGUAACUUCUGACCCAUGGGAUCCUAAGAAAAAGGUAUUUGGGGUGUGUCUACAUCCAAUCUACGGUGGUUGGUUUGCUCUCCGGGGUGUUGUUAUUUUCACAAGACUCCAGUGCCCUGAACUACCUAGACAGCAACCCAGAGAAAUUCUGAAAACCGAGGAGGAGGUGGUUGAACUGUUGCGUCGUUAUAACGACCGCUGGCAUGAUUGGUCGUUUAGAGACAUUAUCCCUGUGCAGGAAAAAUACUCUGAAGAACAAAAAGAAUAUUUUGGGACCAGGCCUGAAGACAGGAAGAUACUAAUUGAAAGGUACCAAAGUUUGAAGAACAACAUCUAGGCAGCAGAAUCUCGCAUUCUAAUCAUAUCUUCCACCUUUGAAUAAUAAUUAAACAGUUAUUAUUAAAGAGCAUACUGCUUAUUCAAAUAAGCAGUAUGCUCUUCAUGUAUUGGUACAAAAGUGGUCUAUAGUGUAUGCCUGUAAUUGGCAGCAAAUAGUUACAGGUUUUCUUAGAAAUCAUUGCACACUGUAGAAUGUGAAUUUAAAUAAAUGUUUUUCUUGCUGCAUUGUUGUGUGUUGUUACAAGCUGUGUUCAAAUACAUUUGCUCAAUGAAUUCAAAUUAACUGUUGUUGCAGCUACAGAUAAUCAUAUAUGCACUGUAAUUGCAUGAAAGUUGAUAUCUGCAUGUAUAUAAGAGAGAAGAACUGGAUCCACUAUAAAAGACAUUUUCUUUUAACCAUCACUUGACAAUAAUACAUUAUCCUGAGAUAUGAUUUUUUUUAGUAUACUCGAAAUCAUUGCUUUCUUCUUAGUCCAGUGAUGGGAUAUGAUGACAUGGUCGUGCUGUCAUAUUAUCCUAUUGCAUUAUUGGAAUAAAUGUGUUUAUUCAGACUGUAUCUUGGUGUGGUGUUGUGAUAAAAUGGGAGAGUAAUAAAGUGUGCAUUGUGCAAUAUAAUCAAAAGCUUGCGAGGAGUGUGACUCUUCGGUCGAUCAGUAUUCAAGUUCUUGUUCAUAUAGGUCAGUUUUUUAUGGGUUUCAUUUGUAUUUCUAAGUGUAACUCCCUUACACAGUUCUAAUGGCUGUUACUCACGCAUUCAGUUCUACAUGUUCAGAAAGUUCAAAUUCAUUGAAUGAAACUGUGAAUGACUAAUUAUUGUGUGAGCACAGUUUCCAAAUACAUGAGUGUAACUCGCACAAACAUGAGCUUUUGGGUAUUUUAUGGGAAUGGUUCUAUUGAUAGUGUUUAUUGAUAUGUAGUACUGUUGUUAGCAUAAGGUAGGGCACAAGUGCUGCUAAUUAACACCUCAAGGUUUAUUGACAGCUGCUGAGCAUAUAUAUGUACAUGUAUAUACAAUAUAUAUAUAAACCAUAUACUGUACAUGUACAUUUUAAACGGCACUUAUGCCCUUUAUACUUCAUAGUUCCUCUUAAAAGCAGCUUAAUAACUGUACCACAAACCAAACUUUUGCAAGAACUACCAGUCGAGGACAAAUCUUUAUUACAGACAUUUCACUCUUCACUGAACAAAUCUGUAAUACGUGUGGAGGCUUGUCCUUAAAUCAUUCAGUUGUAUCCCAGGUUGGAUUACUUUCAGCAUGUGGGUCGUCUAGGGCAUGUUCUUAGCAGAGCCCAAGGUGCAUGUUCAAAUCCUCCUCGCAGCUCCUAUCAAUUUUCUCAUUGAUACAUCUCGUUAAUAUGAUUUCUUUGGGCUUCUUAAAUGAUGCUUUUUGCGAUAACUUUCCACCACCUGCCCUUUUCCACCAGCCAGACGUGUAGAUGGGUACCAAAAUUCCUCAUUAGGACACUAAUGAGGAACACAGACAGUGGCUGAGAACACACACUGGAUAAUUACUUGCGGAACAAAUUCCUGUACGGAAAUACAGUACAGUAAUUGACAGCGAUGAUACAUAAUAUAUAAAGCCCCUGUUUGUUAAAAUUUCACGAGGAAGAAUAAGUGCUGUAGUAUGGUGAAGCAGCUAUUAAUUUAGUGUGUUUUAAGCAGCUGAUUACAUGUUAGACUUAGUUCUUUUAAAACAUUGUUAAGUAUGUUAUUUGUGUUCCAGAUUAUCAUCUUAAAAUGUGCUCAUUCUUCAGAUACUUGGAUUAGGAUAACUGCUUUCAUUUGAAUUAUGUACAAAUUAAUUGCAUUGUACUUAUUGCAAGUUUCAUAUAGUACACGUUUUAUGUACUACAGUAUAUGAUGAUGAUUAUCAGGAUGUUGAAUGAUAUAUGCUUCAUGUAUUUUGUGAGUAAGCAAUAUUGGAUAGUAAUGGUAUCAGAAACCUUGCACCAUUGAGUUUUAGGUUGUAUUUAGUAUGCUACUGUAGUGUAAUUUUAAGCUCACUUGAGGCAGCAAACCUGUCAUGUAGCUGUGAUGUCAAUAUUUUGAGUUGAAAGCUCAAUUUAUUAUAAGUUCGUUAUAGUCAAAGGUUGUGAUAGAUGGUAAUACAUUGGAAAUAAAGUAUUUAUGCUUAAUAAAGGAUGUUAUGAAAAUGG